UAUACACAUCCACCACCUCACUCCACUACACCAUAUAUCCACAACAUAACAUAACAAUACAUGGGUAUUUGCAGUUCAUGCGAGUCCACGUCAGUACUGACGGCAAAACUAAUAUCUCACGACGGCCGGUUACAAGAAUUCUCGUAUCCAGUUAAGGUGUCGUACGUUUUACAAAACAACCCCUCAACUUUUAUUUGUAACUCCGAUGAGAUGGAGUUUGACGACGUCUUGUCCGCCGUUAGCGCCGAUGAGGAGUUGCAGCUUGGCCAGCUGUACUUCGCGCUGCCAUUGAGUCAGCUCAGACACCCGCUUCAGCCGGAAGAAAUGGCGGCUCUGGCUGUCAAAGCCAGCUCUGCAUUGACCAGUUGCCGUCACAAAAACUUGACUUUUAACAAGAUUUCGGGUCGGGUUGCGGAUGCGGGUGGGUUUGAGAGGAGUGCGAGGAGAGGCGGUGGCGGUGGAAGGAGACGGAGUGUUACCGCAAUGUCGUUGAGUGUUAUUCCGGAGUAGUUUAGAAUAAGUUGGUGUAAAGUGGAGUAGGAGUAAAAGUAAAAGUUAAAAAAAAAAAUAUUUUUAACGGUGGCAUUGUUGUAAAUAUCGUAUGAAGUAAGGGUGAUUCUUUUAGUGAGAUCUAUGGAUUGCUUUAAUCACGGGCAGUUCACAUUCGGGAGUUUACUUUUUUUUUUCUUCCUCUCUUUCAUAAUCUUCAUUUUAUAUUUUUAUUCAAAUUUAAAAAAAAUUAUCCUGCAUUUAGUAGGUUCAAUGGAUGUGAAAUCAUGCAUGAUGAAUUAAGUACGUUGCGUGAAUCACAAGAAUUAA